AUGGAGAUUUUAGCCAAAAACCCUAUGAAAAGCAACGUGGUGGAGGAGAUUCGAUCCGAUCACCGUGUCAAGAAGGUAAGAUAUUAUCAAAAUUUAAAACUAUUUUUAAGGUUGUAAGCCUGGUCAAGUCGCAAAUUAAGUGUAAAUGCAGAUGCCAAGCGAAGAAACACCGCAACUCGCACAAAAAACUCGAAGACGACGAAGAACACUGCGAAACCAAAAAGACUACGGUAGGUCGCAGGCAGAAUUAUUAGAUUUUUAGGGUAAAUUCAAUAUUAAGAGUGACAUUAGCAUCGCGCCAGUCAAAAAGCCCAGCCAAGAUAAGAUCUUCUUGCUCGAGAACGUUGAUUAA